AUGUCAAGAGACAAUGAGAAGAUAUAUGUAUUUAUAAACAGUGGAACCGUGCGCCAUCAAAAACGAAUGAACAGCAUAUUAGAGCCUUAUCUAUCUAUCUAUCUAUCACAGUCUAAAUACUACAGUCCACUAUCUAUCUAUCUAUCUAUCUAUCUAUCACAGUCUAUAUGCUACAGUCCAAUAUCUAUCUAUCACAUCCACUAUCUAUCUAUCUAUCUAUCUAUCUAUCUAUCUAUCUAUCUAUCUAUCACAGUCUAUAUACUACAGUCCAAUAUCUAUCUAUCUAUCUAUCUAUCUAUCUAUCAUAGUCUAUAUACUACUGUCCAAUAUCUAUCUAUCACAGUCUAUAUACGACAGUCCACUAUCUAUCUAUCUAUCUAUCUAUCACAGUCUAUAUACUACAGUCCAAUAUCUAUCUAUCUAUCUAUCUAUCUAUCUAUCUAUCUAUCACAGUCUAUAUACUACAGUCCAAUAUCUAUUCAUCUAUCACAGUCUAUAUACUACAGUCCGCUAUCUAUCACAGUCUAUAUACUAGUCCACUAUCUAUCUAUCUAUCACAGUCUAUAUACUACAGUCCACUAUCUAUCUAUCACAGUCUGUAUACUACAGUACACUAUCAAUCGAUCACAGUCUAUAAACUACAGUCCAAUAUCUAUCUAUCACAGUCUAUAUACGACAGCCCACUAUCUAUCUAUCUAUCUAUCUAUCUAUCUAUCACAGUCUAUAUACUACAGUCCAAUAUCUAUUCAUCUAUCACAGUCUAUAUACUACAGUCCGCUAUCUAUCUAUCACAGUCUAUAUACUAGUCCACUAUCUCUCUAUCUAUCACAGUCUAUAUACUACAGACCACUAUCUAUCACAGUCUGUAUACUACAGUACGCUAUCAAUCUAUCACAGUCUAUAAACUACAGUCCAAUAUCUAUCUAUCACAGUCUAUAUACUACAGUCCACUAUCUAUCUAUCUAUCUAUCUAUCACAGUCUAUAUACUACAGUCCACUAUCAUCUAUCUAUCUAUCUAUCUAUCUAUCUAUCUAUCUAUCUAUCACAGUCUAUAUACUACAGUCCAAUAUCUAUCUAUCACAGUCUAUAUACUACAGUCCACUAUCUAUCACAGUCUAUAUACUACAGUCCAAUAUCUAUCUAUCUAUCUAUCUAUCUAUCUAUCUAUCUAUCUAUCACAGUCUAUAUACUACAGUCCGCUGUCAAUCUAUCACGGUCUAUAUACUACAGUCCACUAUCUAUCUCUCACAGUCUAUAUACUGCAGUCUGCUAUCUAUCUAUCACAGUCUAUAUCCUACAGUCCGCUAUCUAUUUAUCAGUCUAUAUACUACAGUCCAAUUAUCUAUCUAUCUAUCUAUCUAUCUAUCUAUCUAUCUAUCUAUCUAUCACAGUCUAUAUACUACAGUCUGCUAUCAAUCUAUCACAUCCAAUAUCUAUCUAUCACAGUCUAUAUACUACAGUUCAAUAUCUAUCUAUCUAUCUAUCACAGUCUAUAUACUACAGCCCGCUAUCUAUCUAUCACAGUCUAUAUACUACAGUCCAAUAUCUAUCUAUCACAGUCUAUAUACUACAGUCCGCUUUUUAUCUAUCACAGUCUAUAUACUACAAUGCACUAUCUAUCUAUCUAUCUACCUCAGUCUAUAUACUACAGUCCAAUAUCUAUCUAUCACAGUCUAUAUUUCAAAUUUCAAACAGUUCAAAAUUACCCUAUGCAAAAGUAA